AUGGUCAUAAAUCCUGCUAAAGCCACAGCCAUGUUCUGUACACUCAACAACAGAUAUGCUGAUAAGAAUUUACCAUCAACAUCCUUUGAAGGUAUUGCUAUCCUUCUAGAAGAAACAUUGAAGUAUAUGGGUGUAACCUUUGACGGACAACUUAACUUCACCAGCUACAUUAAUACUAUGCUAGCCAGAACUACCAGAGGCAUAAAUGCACUGAUAGUUGAAGCAAGACACAGAGCUAAAGAAGGUCACAUACUUCAGCUUUACCAAAUUUUUAUCCAUUCCAUCCUGAAUUAUGCACUAGUAAUGAUCAAUGUGAGUGCUAUAUGGCUAGAUAAAAUUGAAAAGACACAAAACACCUGUUUAAGUCUAGUCACGGGAAGGUAUCUCCACGUAAGCCCUAUUACACCUCACAGUUUUAAAGCACCAAAAGCAUUUACAAUUAAAUUCUUCCCUAGGGCCUUGCAGUGUGAAGGUAAAGACUCUGGACUUCCAUCAAGUAAGCAAGAAGAUCCUGUAGCAGAAGAACGUAUAACACAAAUUUUAAAUGAGGCUCAACAUGCCAUUCUUAAUUCUAACAGCAAAAACAAAAAGAGUCCACUGCAUAAUGGGAAUACAGGUUAUUGCUCACAGAAUGGAAAUACUCCUAGAUCAGAGGAAGAAAGAGAAGGGGGUGGCAUUGAAGGAGGUGGUGGGAAUGAUGGGUCACUAAAUAGUAAUAAUGAUUGUAGAGAUCAAUACCAAGCCAAUAAUUAUCGGCGAUCUAGAAAAUAUGAUAAUGAUGACAUACCAAAAGAGAUGGUUUCAAGAAUCUAUCAAGAGGAACUUGCAAAACUUAUGGGACAAAGGGUAGAAGAAGGUUUCUGUUUGUCCCAAAACCAAUAUGAACGUACCCAAGAAGAAAUAAGACAUGCUCUUAACAUCUAUCACCAAGAGCUGUCAUGCCUGUCCCAAGUUUUUCCUUUAGGUGCAUCAGAUCUCAGCCAUUUCACUCCAGCUCCAGCUUUAACAAAUGAAACUGCAUGUACAACAUUCAGCCAUCCAAACAGCAUAGCAAAUACACACCCACGACAGGAAAUGCCUAUUGAUGCCACCGUGCAAUCUCAGAAUAAAAGAAAUGAACAAAGGAGUGGAUGCAGUUCAGAAACAGAUAGCACAUGCCAUCAUGGAAGUGCUUUUUCUUUAGUACGACCAAAGACAGAGGCUGUAAGCAGUCUUGUCAAAGCAGCAAGUUCACAUCAACAUAACUCUAAUCUCAUUCCCCUUCCUCCAACAUCCAUAAUGUCAUAUGCUGAAAUGCCCAAUUCUGAUGAAGAUCUUAGCACUUCAGCAUCACCAUUACAACAGAUGCAGUCCAUAACAAACUCACUGCUGUCUCAGUCAUCCCUAACAAGUAUCUCCAAUAACCCUCAAAAACCCACAAAGGCAAUUCUUCCACCUAUAACUCAGCAGCAGUUUGAUCAAUACAACAACCUAAACACUGAGGAAAUUGUAAAAAAUGUGAAAGAACAUCUAAGCCAAUAUUCCAUAAGUCAACGACUGUUUGGUGAGAACAUUCUGGGUCUCUCACAAGGAUCUGUCUCAGAUCUUCUGGCAAGACCUAAACCUUGGCAUAUGCUAACUCAGAAAGGACGGGAACCCUUUAUUCGCAUGAAAAUAUUCCUCGAGGAUGAAAAUGCAGUUCAUAAGCUAGUGGCUUCCCAGUACAAACUUCCUCCAGAGAAAUUGAUGCGAAUAGGAGGCUUUGGCGGAUCUGUUAACUUACCUGCUUUCAGCAAACUGCCACAUCAUCCUAUAGAAUCUGUGUCAUCACAUCACAGUAUGUUUGACAAAAAUCAGAGUGCUGUAAAUUUGAAGUUUCCUCGGCCCAUGGACCUGCAGAUUUCUACCCCUUCCACUGCAGAAUCCUCACCAAGCAUCUCACUAGCACCUAGCAGCCCAACCAGUGCUGUUUCCCCAACUCAGAGAAGACAAAUGAGCUCCAAGAAACCCCAUCAUAGUCCUAUAUCAGUGACCACUUUAGAGCCAUCUGUGUAUGAGAUGGCUGCUUUGACCACUGACUUAGAUACACAGAGCAUCACCUCCAAAAUAAAAGAUACACUACUGGCACACAACAUAGGACAAAAG